AUGCCUAUAACAGAAUCAAUUCAGUUUACAAAAUACAAGAAGCAAGAAUGUAUGAAUAAUACACCUUAUCAAUCGUGUUUUAUACCAUAUAAUCAAACACAAUUUAAUUGUACACUGAAUCCAUUAAACAAUAAUUUACAAUCAACACAGUGUAAUAUAUUUAGUUCAAUUGAAAAAUUAACAAAUGAAGACAAUUUAAACUUGAAUAAUAGUAGAAAUCUAAAUUCUGAUAGUAUGAAAAAAUCUAAUGAAGAAAAUGAACCAUCAACUAAAAUGCCAUAUUUAUUUCCAAUGGGUUGGGUCCCACCGCCUCCACAUAUUCUUUUGGCGUAUUUACAAGCUGCCAAAUUAUUUCGACAACAACAACAAGAACAACAGCAGCAACAGUGCUUACAAGAAUUUGAGCAUCAGUCGAAAUGUUUAUCACAUUAUCAAUACUGUUCAAAUCAGGCAGCAUAUUUUAAACCUGAUAAAGUUAAUUUUAUAAAAACUAAAAAUUGGGAACAGAAACAAGGCAGUGAAUUAGUACAAAAUAUCGAUGGUAUACCAGCCGCAACUGUGACAACAAAUAGGAGAACAGGAUAUGAUCGAUAUUUUCCUACUGAACAGCACAUGAUAACUAUUCAACAAGAAAUUAUUCAACUAAAGGAGGAGAAUAAGACUAUGCUGACAAUUACUGAUUUAAAGAAUAAUGCCCAGAUAUAUGGAAUUGCUGUUGUACAAAUUAAAAAACAAAUAAGGACGGGUCUCUAUCAAGUUAUAUGCUCGAAAUCAAUCCCAUCUGGUGUACUACUAGGUCCAUUUCGUGUCAACGGAAGCAUAUACCGAAGUGAAGAUGACGAUAAGGAGUUUACAAAUAAAAGUUCAAAAUUACUUUCGAUUAGUGAUUCACAAUCAACAACUGUAAACAGCCCAACACUCAACUCCUUCGAAAAUGCAAAUACAUUAUGGAUGACAUUAGUUCGUGACGUUACAUCCCUGAAUUCUCAGACACAUCAAGACACUUCAGUGCAUUCACAACUAACAAUAAAGCCUAAUAUCACCAUCAUAUCCUUAUAUGACGACGAUAACAGUCAACUUAAAUUGUACAAUUUCGAUAAUGCUUAUUUAAAGAAUUUUCAUUCAAUAAAUUCGCUUAACAAUGAGUUGAAUACCAACAGAAUAAUUUAUUUUCAAACACAAAGAUGUAUUAAUGCUGGUGAAGAAUUUCUAUUAAGUGAAAGGAAUCCUCUGGGUGAUAUGCAUCUACUACUGAGCCAUAAGAACGAAAAUUGGUUGAAUUCUACGGGGAAUUUGUCAUCUAUCAACCUACCAAACAAAGCGCAUGCGGAAAGAAACAAUUCACAUUUAAAUCCAUAUUUUAAUUAUCCUAAUGUAUCUCAGAAUGGAUAUAAUGGAUAUGUAAACAAAAUAUACACAAACAAUUCGAGCAUAAAGAAUUACACAGUAAGUGAUUUACACCAGUCACUGCAAGCAUCUAAGGUAUUUUCUCAAAAUGACUUUACACUUCAACAAUUAAGACCUGAACAACAAACCAAAAGUUAUGUAAAAACGAAACAUUUCGAUACUUCAUUGUCAAGUUCAUCCGACAAAUCAUGGGAUAAUAUAUUAAAGUUAUCUGAAAAUGAAUAUCAAAAACACAACAAUAAUUCAUGCAAUGAAACAUCAGCAUUCUCGCAUGUGUCAUUAUCAAUGGAUUCUAACAAUCCUUCUGUUGUUUCAACUACACCAACGUCUCUGAUGGAUUUUGCUACAGAUUCUUCAAAUGCCAGUGAAUCUUUUAAAAGAACAGAAAAUAUAGUUAAAAGCCAGUUGAAAGCAGCUCAUGAAUUGGAAACAAGUCCAGCACACGAAGGAUACACUUGUGAUCGUUGUGGGAAAAUGUUUGCCUAUCAAUAUUAUCGUGAUAAACACUUGAAGUAUACAAGAUGUAUGGAUCAAGGCGAUAGAAAAUAUCCAUGCAAACUUUGUUCACGGUCUUUCGAGAAACGCGAUCGAUUACGCAUACAUGUAUUGCAUGUUCACGAGAAGCAUCGACCACAUAAAUGCCAUUUGUGCGGAAAAAAUUUUAGUCAAUCAUCAAGUCUAAAUAAACACUUACGUGUACACAGUGGUGAACGGCCUUAUAAAUGUUGUUAUUGUAACAAAGCAUUUACUGCCAGCAGUAUUCUUCGGACACAUAUUAGACAGCAUUCAGGAGAAAAGCCGUUCAAAUGUAAAUUCUGUUGGAAACCAUUUGCUUCGCAUGCAGCACACGAUAGUCAUGUACGCAGAACUCAUGCUGUAGAAACCAAAAUAUCAAGUGUGAAUCAAGCAUCCCAAGUGGAUAAAUUUUAUGAAUCAAGAAUCACAAGUAAUUCAAUAAAAUCGAAUAUUGAAUUCGGGCAUACAAUGGAAUGA